UAUAUAUAAAGCGCCAUCGAUAACUGCAAAUUAGUCUUAAAAUCCAUUCGCUGUGUAGCUGUUCGGAUCGUAACGCGGUACAUAGUUUUAAAAAUUAAGUACCAUUAAAAGUGCCAAAUAAUAAUUCUGAGUUGAAAAAUGUUUGCUUUAGUUUUUGCUUUUAUACUUAUAUCAAUCAAUUAUGUUACAGCGGAAAUACCGUCUUAUAUUCAUGUAUGCGGGCGCAGAGAUCCAGAACUUGAUCAAUGUAUUUUGCAAAACAUUGAUAACAUAAAAGAUAAGAUCUGCGAAGGAAUUCCAGAAUUGGACGUUCAACCGAGCAAUCCAUUUGUUCUUGGCGUACUACCCAUCUCUGAUACACAUAAUUCCAAAAUAAUUAUCAAAGAUGCGGUAGUAUCGGGACUUUGCGAUUUUACUAUAAAAUACGCACAUGUAGAUCUUAGUAAACUACAUUUCGAUGUUGAUCUCUUAUUCAGACGAAUCCAAAUGAAUGGUACAUAUGCCAUCGACAUACGUGUACUGGUGCCUAUCGUUCACGGUGGACCGGUUUAUAUCACUACUGAUAAUGUAGAAGCAAAAGUAAAUAUGGACAUGAGAAUAGUAACCAAAAAUAGCAAAAGGUACGUGUAUAUGUCAAAGAUGAAAAUAAACCUUGACAUCAAAGGAUACGACGCUGAAUAUGGAUUGGAAAAUUCGGAAUUGAGCCGAUUGAACCAAAUUAUUAGCAAUUUUAUAGGCAAUAAUCAAAAAGAGGUCAUUGACGUCUUUAAGCCGGCAAUAGAAGAAGUAGUUGUUAAACGAAUUCUCUCGCUUUCCAACAAUAUAGUUAAACAUUUUACGUUUGAAGAGCUUUUCCCCGAUCGAGUAUAAAUUUUUCUAUUGUUACACAAUCAUUACGUUUAUCUUGUGAUCCAC